GGGGGAGGGGCCAACAUGGCGUCUUCAAACAUCGGCCUGCUGUUGUUUUUUUUAACGUCAUUUUUAUUACAAAUCACUUCCUCCAGAUUUUUAUCCGAGCCGUGUUACAAACCCAUAGAAGACGGCAGACCAGGCGCAGUCAAGACAAAGCCCCGACCUCAUGAGUAUAUAAAAGUGACAGGUCUUCCUCCGUCGUGGGAUUGGAGGAACAUCAAGGGGAAAAAUUAUGUUAGUGUCACAAGGAACCAGCACAUCCCCCAAUACUGUGGUUCCUGCUGGGCAAUGGGAGCCACCAGUGCACUAGCAGAUCGUAUUAACAUCAAACGUAGAGGAUUGUGGCCAUCAGCCUACCUGUCUGUCCAGAACGUGAUAGACUGUGGGAAGGCGGGCUCUUGUUAUGGAGGAGACCACCUGAGAGUCUACGCCUACGCACAUGAAAAAGGCAUUCCUGAUGAAACCUGCAACAACUACCAAGCUAUAAACCAAAAGUGCGAGCUGUUUAACCAGUGUGGAACAUGCUCCUUCUUUGAAUCAUGUGCUAUUGUGAAGAAUUACACUGUGUGGAAAGUGGGAGACUAUGGAGAUGUUUCUGGAAGAGACCACAUGAAAGCUGAAAUUUACACCAAUGGGCCCAUCAGCUGUGCUCUGAUGGUAACCGAUGGCCUGGAGGAAUAUUCUGGAGGCAUUUUCUCUGAGUUUCACCCCCUCUCCUUGCCGAACCACAUUGUGUCUGUGGCUGGCUGGGGCAUAGAUGAAGACGGGAUCGAGUUCUGGAUCGUGAGAAACUCCUGGGGAGAGUUCUGGGGAGAACACGGCUGGGCGAGGAUCGUUACCAGUGCAUAUAAAGCAGGAAAAGGCAACUGGUUUAACCUGGGUAUUGAGAAAAACUGUGCAUAUGGAGACCCUAUUGUAACAUAGAUGCGUCAUUAAACUGACAAGCUCAAAAUAUAUCAUGUUUAGAUUUUUUAAAUGACAUAUUAAUGUAAGUAAUUUGACUAAUAAAAUGACAAAUUUAAGGUUU